CGUCAUGACGGCCUGCCUCGUCGGCGCAUACACUUGAUAUGCACAGCAUCAACAACAGCAGCAGCAGGACAACAGCAACCACUCCGAGCAGCUAUCUCGCCACCGACACACCCGUCACCACGCCCACACUCAUGGACGGCGACUUCCGCAGUGGCUCGGUCGCUGACUCGACAGGUACAGGGGAGACCCUGGACGUCGCACGCCUGCCCUCGCUCCCCAUACCGCUCACGGCCGCCUCUCCCAAGUCCACCAAUGAGGCGUCAUCGAGUCUCAAUGCUCCUCAUGGCCUUUCCCCCGCUGAGCCACCCAAGGGCCGUCGUGGCGCCGUUCUACAGCACGAAGGAUGCACGACACCCGUGGCCGCCUCACACACGCGCAACGACACCAUGCACACGAGCCGGUCGCUGCCAAGCCCUGCGGUCGGCGCUCUUCGCCCCCUGCCCGGCGAGUCGGCCCAGCUUCCUGUCGUCACUGCGAAGCUGCCUGAGCCCCGAGCGGACGCCCCUCCAGCGGUCGCCACACCAACAUGGCACCACCGAUGGCAUCACCAAUCGCGGCCUCUCCCUCUGCCUGCCGCUGUUCUUCCCCUCCAUGAGCAACGAGUCGGUCUCCACACAGACGGGCGACAGCGACGCAUUGAGCCCCGAGGGACGGUCGAGGUUCGCCCGCAGCACCAACCCCAAGCCCGUCCGGCUGCAAGACGAGAUGCGCCUGCUGGUGGCCAUGAACAAGCGCAAGGCGGGGCAGACAGCCGAGGGGCUGCAAAACGUCUAUGGAGCGGCCGUGUUGCCCUUCCCCACGUGUGUGGAGUCGUCUUCGGUCGACCGGCUGUGUCGCGUGGCGGCACAGACAGAGAGAUGCAAGGAGGGGUCGGCCACGCCGGGGAGAUGACAUGUUUCUCAGGAUCGGGGUGGGAUGAGUCACUGUGCGUGCAGAUGCGUACAUACGUCGACUGACUCAUACAUGCAUUCCGCUGUGCAUGUCCAAAUGACUUGCGUGUGCGUUCUCCAUUUGUCAGCAGCAGAUACAGGUAAGUACUUACUGGCGAUGAGAUGCAGUACUACUAGGUAGGUGAGAUGAUUGUGCACUUACAAUCACCUACCUGAACUCACAUGUAGGCAGUCUGGUAGGCAGACAGGUUUUCUCUUUCUCUAUCGCCAUCCACACCUGGCAGGCAUCCAUCCAUCCAUCCAUCUGCUUCGUACGAUUAGCUGGGACACUGCAGUGACGGCUCGCCGUUCGGAUUGAAUUUGUCCCUGCUGUACUAGCUACCUGCUGUACUUGCUGGCCCGCAUGCCAAGUACAGCUGUGCUGGCAUGCACAUCUGCUUCAUUUUGAGUACGAUCAUAUCUGCGGG